GGUCGCGAGCCCAUGGCAUGGCAACCGCUCCUCCCCGCUCCACUUCACUGAUUCCCACCAGAGAUGCGGAUACCCGUUUCCCUUCCUUCUCCAGUCCGCAACAUCUCUCUUUCUUUUCCAGCAUUUCCAAUUCGUUCGUUCGUUCGUUUCCCACGCUUCCUGCCCACCCCAUUCCGCUCCGUGCUCCCCCUCUCCUCCGUCCCUCCCGGAUCCAACGCGGGCGUCGCUCCACGGAGUCCGCCGUCAGGCCGAUCGGCCGCCACAGCCCCGACCUACAAUGCCGGUUCUGGACCAGUGGACAUAACCAACUCGUGAACAAUGCUGGGUUCUACCCGGAGAAGCAUGAACCGGGCAUUCUUGUGAGAAAGGGAAGCACCAAUCAAGAAUGGCUUCCAGGGCAAUCAUCAGGAGAAGGAAGUAUAUUCUUGAGCAUACUAAUGGGCCUCGCCUAUUACAUUCAUCUAAGUUUACUUCCGGCCAAGGAACAUUUGGAUGUGAUGUUGAGCACAACACUGUAUCCCAUGUGCCGCAGCAGAAUUCGGGGGAUUCUAGCCAUGAGAAGCAGCAAUUUACUUUAAGGAAUAGAUACCUUUUGAGCCUUAGUAACUGGUUCCUGCGUCGCCCCGCCCUUGGUGUUCCUCUUGCCUCUUAUGAAUCCAAAGCACAUAUUUCUGUAUUCCCCUUGGGAGCCAGGUAUUUCCGGCAGUCAGUCCGCGCAGCGUCAGAAAAAGCUGGGCAGCCAAAAUCUGGUAUUACGAAUGGAAAGAGUGAGGACCAGAACCAACCAGAAAAGGAGGCGUCUCCAGAAGAGUGUGACCAGGCGGUGGAAGGCUUAAGCACUGCAAAGGCUAAAGCCAAAGCAAUGGUGCAGGAAGUCCAAAAGACUGACCAAUCGAUCAUACAGAAAUUCUGGGCAACACUUCUGGGUAUUGGUCCUGCUCUGCGUGUUAUUGCUUCAAUGAGCAGAGCCGACUGGGCUGCAAAGUUGAAGCAUUGGAAGGAAGAAUUUGUUUCUACGCUGCAGCAUUAUUGGCUGGGCACUAAGCUACUGUGGGCAGAUGUUAGAAUUUCAUCAAGAUUGUUGGUGAAGCUUGCUGAUGGAAAGAGCCUUACAAGGAGAGAGAGGCAACAGCUUACACGCACAACAGCAGACAUGUUCAGGCUUGUACCGUUCGCUGUGUUCAUCAUCAUUCCAUUCAUGGAGCUGUUACUGCCAGUAUUCCUGAAGUUGUUCCCAAACAUGUUGCCAUCCACUUUCCAGGACAAGAUGAAAGAAGAGGAGGCAUUAAAGAGGAAACUGAAAGCAAGGAUGGAAUAUGCAAAAUUCUUGCAAGAUACAGCGAAGGAAAUGGCAAAAGAAGUGCAAACAUCACGUAGUGGGGAUAUAAAACAGACAGCUGAAGACCUGGAUAAAUUUUUGGACAAGGUCAGGAAAGGUGGACAUGUCCCCAAUGAAGAAAUUUUGAGCUUUGCAAAGUUGUUUAACGAUGAGCUGACUUUGGAUAACAUUAACAGAUCACGGUUAGUAAACAUGUGUAAAUAUAUGGGAAUUCAGCCUUUCGGUACAGACAACUACUUGAGAUUCAUGCUUCGGAAGAAGUUACGAGACAUUAUGAAUGAUGAUAAGAUGAUUGAGGCUGAGGGUGUGGAGUCUCUUUCUGAUGAGGAGCUCCGACACGCUUGUCGCGAACGUGGCCACCUUGAUUUAUUGUCAACAGAGGAGAUGCGCCAUCAGCUCAAAGACUGGUUGGAUUUAUCACUCAAUCAGUCUGUGCCAUCAUCUCUUCUGAUUCUAUCAAGAGCUUUUACUGUAUCUGGGAAAAUGAAACCUGAGGAGGCUGUUGUAGCAACGUUAUCUUCUCUGCCAGAUGAAGUUGUGGGUACAGUUGGAACAGUAUUGCCUUCUGAAGAUUCUGUUUCUGAAAGGAAGAGAAAAUUGGAAUUCAUAGAGAUGCAGGAGGAACUUAUCAAGGAGGAAGAGAAAGAAGAAAAGGCAAAGCUAGACGAACAAGAGGCUAGUAAAGAAGAUUUGGCUUUGAAGGAAAUGACUGAGCCUACUGCUAGGGAAGAAGAGGAACUAAAGAAAUCAAAAGAACAUGAGAAGAAUGGCCACCUUUGUGAAAUCAGUAAAGCAUUGGCUGUGCUCGCAUCUGCUUCUUCUGUUACCAAAGAGCGAGAAGAGUUUCUGAGCCUCGUAAACAAAGAGAUAGAACUAUAUAACACCAUGCUGGAAAAGGAGGGCACAGUGGAUGAAGAAGAGGCUAGGAGAGCAUAUAGGGUGGCCAGGGAGGAAUCAGAUCAUGCUGCAGAGUUGGUUGCAGGAGGAAAAGUUUCUUCAGCAUUAAUAGAGAAGGUUGAUGCCAUGCUUCAGAAAUUAGAGAAAGAGAUUGAUGAUGUUGAUGCACGAAUAGGCAACCGCUGGCAGGUGCUUGAUAGGGACCGUGACGGCAAGGUGACCCCGGAAGAGGUAGAAGCAGCCGCAGGUUAUCUCAAGGACACCAUGGGGAAGGAAGGCGUCCAAGAGCUUAUCAGCAAUCUUUCCAAAGACAGAGAAGGGAACAUCCUCGUGGAGGACAUCAAGAAGAUGGCGUUGCAAACGGAGGAAAACAGCAAGCCAGAAGAAACGGCGCGCUGAUUGGUAGAAGAAGAAGCAUUCUCUAUCGUAUCUGUUUAUAUAUACCGUCAGCUCAUUCUUUUCCCAGUUUCAGUUCGUGGCAGCGCAAACGCGCGAAACGGUCAGUAUUUUUCUCGUGACCGUCUACAGUUGUAGUCCCCGGUGCCGCCCUCGUUAGUGAGGCGUAAACAGCGACUGAAGUUUCAACAUCCACUGAUUGGCUGGAUGGGGAAAUAAAUUCAGGCCUUUGAUCCAAAUGAUCUGAAUAAAGGUAUCGAUGUGCCUGGCUUAGUUUAGGCGUAUUUGAAUGAGCGCGUAUGCAAUCGGAGGCGAUGUUGUCAGCCGAUGUCAAGGUGAUGCUUGCAAGUGGGGAGAGUGUAAUACAGUGGCUCCUGAACUUGCUCAGUUAGCUAGAGAAGAAAUAAACCGGCUCUCGUGGAUUGUAAUGGUGUUACUGUUGUUUAAUCAAAUCAAUAAAGCUCUUUUCGACGGCCUUGAA